GCGGAGCCGGCCUUCUCCCUGUCUCUAGUAGUUUCCGCACCGCUGACGCAUGCCUGCGCGCACAGCUGGGCCGGGCGCGUCCUACGCAGCAGCCGCGAGUCGGGCUGCGGGUGCCAGACGGUUCCCGGCGGGGGGCAGGGGCGGGGCGCCGCAGGAGGCCGGGACUCCUGUCGGAGGAGGUGCGGCCGGGGGCCCUGGGUCGGACUGCUGGAGUUGGGGGGCCCCGAUAGGGCUCUUGGGCCUGGGCGUCGAGAUAGCUCUUGGCCCCGGCCUGCGGGGGCAGAUAAGGCUGCCGGAGGGACCUAGUCACCGGCCGCAAGCAGAUCCCGCCCCAAGGAGGCCCGCCUGACGACUGACCAGUUGCCAUGGCAUCCUACUACGAGAUCCUAGACGUGCCGCGAAGUGCGUCCGCUGAUGACAUCAAGAAGGCGUAUCGGCGCAAGGCUCUCCAGUGGCACCCAGACAAAAACCCAGAUAAUAAAGAAUUUGCUGAGAAGAAAUUUAAGGAGGUGGCCGAGGCAUAUGAAGUGCUGUCUGACAAGCACAAGCGGGAGAUUUACGACCGCUAUGGCCGGGAAGGGCUGACAGGGACAGGAACUGGCCCAUCUCGGGCAGAAGCUGGCAGUGGUGGGCCUGGCUUCACCUUCACCUUCCGCAGCCCCGAGGAGGUCUUCCGGGAAUUCUUCGGGAGUGGAGACCCUUUUUCAGAGCUCUUUGAUGACCUGGGCCCCUUCUCAGAGCUUCAGAACCGGGGUUCCCGACACUCAGGCCCCUUCUUUACCUUCUCUUCCUCCUUCCCUGGGCACUCCGAUUUCUCCUCCUCAUCUUUCUCCUUCAGUCCCGGGGCUGGUGCUUUUCGCUCUGUUUCUACUUCUACCACCUUUGUCCAAGGACGCCGCAUCACCACACGCAGAAUCAUGGAGAACGGGCAGGAGCGGGUGGAAGUGGAGGAGGAUGGGCAGCUGAAGUCAGUCACAAUCAAUGGUGUCCCAGAUGACCUGGCACUGGGCUUGGAGCUGAGCCGUCGCGAGCAGCAGCCGUCAGUCACUUCCAGGUCUGGGGGCACUCAGGUCCAGCAGACCCCUGCCUCAUGCCCCUUGGACAGCGACCUUUCUGAGGAUGAGGACCUACAGCUGGCCAUGGCCUACAGCCUGUCAGAGAUGGAGGCAGCUGGGAAGAAACCCGCAGGUGGGCGGGAGGCACAGCACCGACGGCAGGGGCAUCCCAAGGCCCAGCACCAAGAUCCAGGCUUGGGGGGGACCCAGGAGGGUGCGAGGGGUGAAGCAACCAAACGCAGCCCAUCCCCAGAGGAGAAGGCCUCUCGCUGCCUCAUCCUCUGAACACCGGGCCCAACCUGAUCUGAUCCAGGUCUUGACUGGGGGUCUGACUCACUGUGGGAAGAGAAGAGGGGAGUAUCCUGAGUUGUAGGAACUGCUUUCCAACUCCAUGCUCCCUCCACAAGUUUCCCUCCCAGGCCCCCCGCACCCCAGUGUGGACUUGGGAUUUGCUGUGCUCAGCCUAGGGCUGAUAGGUCCCUGGUGAAGCCCAGGGUGGGGGGUGUCAGGGCAAUAGAAGCGCCCGAGGAGCCAGGUUGCAUUUAUUGGAUGGGGAGCUCCAAGGGGCAUUAGUGGUUUGGGCUGGGCCUUUUGUGCCCAGGUACUCUGCCACUUGUGUUGCUGAUGGUGUCAAGGAAGGAGGACUUGGCCUAGGGUUGUCUGAGCCGGAGCCGGCAGCUCCACUGGGGAGCAGUGCAGGCAGAGUGGAGCCUCCCGCUCUCCUGGUCCAGCUGCAGACCCCCAACCCUGGUUUCUGUGCCAUGUUGCGCUCUGACCGUCUCUGUUGCUUCUCUUCUGGUGUUGCUUCUCCUCCCUCCCAUUCUCUCUGCAACUCCCUGCGGGCCGCAUCGCUUGCUUUCACUGCCGUCUGGCUAGGACUCCCUUCUUCCUUCCUUCCCCGAGAAGGCCUCAAUGUGGCGAGGAAGAUGCUGGGGCCGGUAGGGCUGUGAGAUCUUCUGGGGAGGCUAGCCGGGUGGGGCGGGAGCCUCUCAGCUGUCCAGAUUCAGAACUGGAGCCCACUCCUCCUCCCUCUCGUUGCCUCAGCCUGCCCUUACCCUCAGGACUAGGCAGAGGUGAGGCUGGCUCACCCUGAAGAGGUGGGAUAGGACUGGGGGACCCCGGAGGGAGGCCUAGGAGGGGACUGCACCCAUACUGCUUCCCUACCACAAAUCAGGGCUCAGGGAGAGGCCAUGCGGCCAGCCCAGGUCUGCAUGCUGAGCCCCAUCCUCCACAGCUUGCCGCUGACGCUCUCUCCUGUCACCCCGCCCCUGCUCUCUCCCCAGAUGUGUUCUGAGCUGGAUGCCGGGAUCCAGAAUUGCUGCACAGUUCCAACAGGACAGCGCCCUCCCCCAUGCACUGGGAGGGGACCCUCCAUUUCUCCCCCUCACCCAUGCUGAGUGUAGAGCCGGGGCCUGGGUGGCGGGCGGGGGCCGGGUGGGAGGCGGCAGUAGUCUUAGCCUGUGCACUCUCUUCCUUGGGUGUUUAGUGCUGGCUCCUGGGGACUACAAACCCCAGAGUGCGGUGUGCCCGGCCUCAUUACUGAUAGAUCCCGCUUGGGGGAGGUGGUGUGUGGUUACGGAGCUGUGCAUCUUGGGACAUGUAGCCCAGGUCAGCUUGUCACUCGCUGUGAGAUGGGGAGAUUUUGUCUUUUGAUUUAUCCCUGGAGGGCUGGCAAGGUUGUAGAUGAAGGGGGAAUGAUCUGAGCCUUGGUUCCCCUGACACAUCUUGCUAGCCCCAGGGUUAGAGUGGGCAGGGCAGAUCCGCGCAGCACCUGGGAGAGGUACCUUUCCCUUGGGCAGCCUGGGGUCCCAGGAACAAGCCAGGGCGAGUAGCAUGUCCGCCUGAGUAGGGUGUGGCCCCAGAAAGCUGAGGAGUGUGGGCUGACAGAGAGCUUCCAGGACAAGGCCACCCGCGGGGGCAUGUGUGUGGUAGGGCUUGGCAUGUGAUGGCAGCUCCAGGCAUGCUGCUGCUUGUAUGGCUUUCUUUGGCCUCUGACCCUGCUGCCCAUUCUUUCCAACAUCACAGAUGAGCUGCCUCUCCUCCUCCCUGCCUGGGGAGCCCAGUGGCCAGGGAGGGGAGUGGUGGAGCCAGUCGCUGUAACACUGAGCCUCAGAGACGAACCAAAACCAGCUGGGCUGAGCUCAGAUCCAGGGGGAAAUGCUGGAAGUCAAUAAAACUGAGUUUUGAGA